AUGACGUCCUCAGCGCUCGCCUCCAUCAAGGCUCCGGCGGCGGCACUUCGUGCGCCCGCCGCCGUUUCACGUGCGCGCGGUCGCGUCGCCGUCGCGCCCAUCCGCGCGGUUUCCACCGCCGCCGAGGGCUCCGCGCUUCGCGAGAUCGUCGCCGAGAUCUCCGGCGCCGCGGAUCCCGCCGAGCGCGUCAAGAAGCUCAUCGCCAUGUCCGCCUCCCUUCCCGCGCUCCCGGACGCGGACAGGUCCAUCGCCAACCGCGUCAUGGGCUGCACCGCCGAGGCGUGGGUGGACGUGUCCCUCGACGCGGACGGCCGCGUCGCCAUCCGCGGGGCGUCUGACGCGCAGAUCACGGCUGGAUUCGCGGGGCUCAUCGCGCGCGGGCUAUCGGGCCUCGAACCCCGCGACGUCUUGGCCAUCUCCGACGACGUCGUGGCGGACCUCGGGAUCGGCCCCAGCGCGCUGCCGAGGUCCCGCGCCAACGGCUUCCGCAACAUGCUCGAGACGGUCAAGAAGCAGUGCCGACUGUUACUGGCGGAGGGGGGCGUGACGACGCCGCCGUUCCCGUCUCUAAUCGUCACCGCCGACGGCGUGGAGGCCGUUGGGUCGUUCGCCCGCGCGCAGGCCGAGUACCUCGAGCCUAACGCCGACGCCGUCGACGCGCUCGUCGCCGAGCUCGAGGCGAAGAAGAUUGGCAUCGUCGCGCACUUUUACAUGGACCCGCAGGUGCAGGGCGUGCUCAUGGCGGCGGCGAAGCGGUACGAGCACGUCUUCAUCUCCGACUCGUUGGUCAUGGCGGACGCCGCGGUGAAGAUGGUUCGAGAGGGCGGGUGCGAGUCCGUGUGCGUGCUCGGCGUCGACUUCAUGUCCGAGAACGUCCGCGCCAUCCUCGACGACGCCGGCCUGGAGUCCGCGAAGGUGUACAGGAUGGCCGCCGAGGACAUCGGAUGCUCCCUCGCCGAGGCUGCGCAGGAUAAGAAGUACUACGACUACCUCGCCGAGGCUGACGGGGUGGAGAACGCGGUACACGUCAUCUACAUCAACACCGCGCUCGACACCAAGGCUAACGCCAACGCCGUCGUGCCCACCAUCACGUGCACCUCCUCCAACGUCGUGCAGACGGUGCUCACCGCCGCGGCGCAGGUUCCCGGCGUCAACGUCUUCUACGGACCCGACACCUACAUGGGCGGUAACCUCGCCGAGCUCUUCACCAUGAUGUCCACGUGGUCCGACGAGGACGUCGCCGCCGUGCACCCGGCGCACACGCAGGCGACCAUCAAGGACCUACUCCCGCGUUUGCGAUACUUCCAGGACGGCACCUGCAUGGUGCACCACAUGUUCGGCGGUGACGUGUGCGACGCGGUUAGAAAAUACUACGGCGACGCGUACCAGACCGCGCACUUUGAGGUUCCCGGGGAGAUGUUCAAGCUCGCGAUGGAGGCUAAGCGUGAGCGGGACAUGGGCGUGGUGGGCUCCACCAAGAACAUCCUCGACUACGUCUGCGAGAAGAUCGACGAGGCUGUGGCGAGGAACCUCCCCGCGGGCGAGAGGCUCUCGUUCGUGCUGGGCACGGAGACGGGCAUGGUCACCUCCAUCGUGCGCGCGGCUCAGGCCAAGCUCGUCGCCGCCAAGGCCGCCGGCGUCGCCGGCGUCGAGGCCGAGAUCGUGUUCCCGGUGUCCGCGGACGCCGUCGCCCCCGUCGCCGAGUCCGAGUCCGUCGCCCUCGGCGGCAUCGCCAUCGUCCCCGGCCCCGCCGGCGGCGAGGGGUGCAGCGCCGAGGGCGGCUGCGCGUCGUGCCCGUACAUGAAGAUGAACUCGCUCGACGCGCUCAUGUCCGUGUGCGCCAAGAUUGGCACGGACGCGGGCGAGGCUCUGCUGACGCCGUUCGAGCCCAGGAAGUACGAAGCCGCCGCGGACGGCCCGUCGAUCGCCGCGCUCGGCUGCGUGCCGAUUCUGCACAUGCGAGACUUUCAGCGCGACGGCGCCUUCUCCGACGCGUUCGUGGAGGACAUCACCACCCGGGGCGGGGCGAAGUGAGCGACGGACGCGAUGCGCGGCGGGCGAGGGAAGCGACGGGACGGGUGGUGGGUAAAGGGGGGCGAGUUCGCGCAACCCCGGGGUUUUUUUGUUGAUAGGUGUUAAGGGCCUGGCUGGAUAGCGGAGCUGAAAUAAGUGGAGCUGAAAUAAGUUC